AUGGACUCCUUGAGAAAUGCUUUAGAUGCCAUAUCUAGUAAUGCCAAAGACAAUGAAAAUCAAUAUUGUACAAUUCGUUGGUUGGACGAUAACAGCUUUGAAGUUAUCCCUCAAAAAUAUAUUCAAGCUUCACCCCGUUCUAUUCAAGUUUCUCAAUCCUACAUGAUCACUAUCAAAGGCAAGCAACGGCAAGGGACUGUGCUUUGCAAAGGAAACAAAAGAGAAUGUCAGAUGCUUCAGUACAAUGAUUCUCCUAAAACUUUGACUCCGCGAAGCUCAGAAACAAAUGAAAGAUCAGACAGAACCAUUGGCAAUGAUUCUGAAAGUCAACCAGAUUCAGAAGAAAAUAAAAACUCCGGUACUAUUCAAAGGGAAGUUUUAGUAAAAAUCCUUCAAUUACUCAUUCAUAAUAUAAAAGAUAUCCAAGAGGAAAACAGCGAAGAAGUACACAAUAUUAUAUGUGACGCAUGUGGAAGUUCUCCAGUAACAGGCGACCGUUAUAAAUGUUUGCAGUGUGAAGAUUUCGAAAUUUGUGCGAGUUGCUUUGAACGUCGUGUAGAGCCGAAACAACACAAGAGUGGACAUUUAUUGGUUCAUUUACGUCUACCGGAUGAACUUUUUGGUCGAACAGUGAGUAACGACGAUUUGACCAUCGAGCAUUUAAAGCAGUUUUAUGCCAAAGAAGUACAUAAAGCGGUCACUUGUGAUGGAUGCACUCGAACGGAUUUCGUCGGAUUGCGUUUCAAAUGUGACACGUGUCCAGACUAUGAUUUGUGCUACCGAUGUGCCACAAAAAGUGUCCUCACAAGUGAUCACAAAUUGACACAUCCACUGAUUCUGAGCUCUCAUCGAGUGAUUGCACAGAUACCUGCAAAUGAUAUUGAACUCGGUGAAAAAUUGGGAAGUGGCGCUUUCGGAUCGGUUCACAAAGCCCGAUGGACAUCGAAGAAUCUUCAAGUAGCUUGUAAAGUCAUCAUAGUGCCUGACUCAGAUGAAAUCAGUGAAUUGGAGAAGAGCUUUUUCAAAGAAUUAGCUGCCUACAUGGAACUGUCGGGUGGCUACAUUCUUAAAACCUAUGGAUAUGCAUUGGCUCGGCAGAACAACAAAAAGGUAUAUAUGAUCAUUAUGGAAUACAUGGCACGUGGUAGUUUAGCAAGCGUACUCAAAGAUAAAGAUAAAAUAUCUCUACGUCGAAAAGUCUGCAUGGCUAGACAGAUCGCUAGUGGAAUGCGAAAAAUUCAUGAACAUCACAUGAUCCACCGGGAUAUUCGACCAGAUAAUAUUCUGGUUAAUAAAAAUUAUAAUUGUAAAAUCGGUGAUAUGGGCAUUGCUCGUGUUGUCGACCCAUUCAAUCAACAUACGCAGAUCGGAUGUCAGCCUUUCAUGCCACCUGAAUUUCGGGCUGGUACAUACAAUCAAAAGCUGGAUAUUUUCACGUUUGGUCUGACCAUGAAUGAGUUAUUUACCGAAACACGACACUCCUUUCGUGUAUUGGCCAAGGAAAAAAUCGUCUUUCAACAAGAGAGUCCGAUCUUUCAAGAUCUCAUCGUUCGAUGUACUGCGGACGAUCCAAAAUAUCGACCAGCUGCCAUUGAAAUCGAAAAGACACUUGAGUUAUAUUUUCGUACGUUUAAUGAAAUGAUCUUGAAGAAAAAUCAUGGCUAUAUUCUUUUGUCCACAGAGAAGAAGAAUGAAGUCUUCAUUAAAUUCUACGAGAAAAUUCAUAGAGCAGCAACGGAGUUCAUUCGAAAAAAAUUUCCAUCAGAAUUUUUGGAAGGAUCAACAUCCGUGCAAGGUGUGAAAGUAAAAACGGACUCUGAUAAUGCGCAACAAAUUGAUUGUCGUCUUCAGUAG